CGAACUAUCGUCGCGGAGGGGGAAAAACACGUAAGCUGAGUCUGCGCGACGCAGAGAAUCACUCCCUGCGAAGUUUAUCGGGCAAGACUACAGCGACAAAUCCUAGGACACAGUCGGCCGUACUGUAGCCACCAAAUUCAAGAUACCUUUCUGAUGGAUAUGAUCUAGAAGCCCUGUUUGGUUGUAAUUGGAAACAACGUCCAAGUGUUGCAAAGAGCAGAAGAGGAUGUCAGGGAUCUUACCGUACCACUACAGGGGACCAGAUGGAAAUUUGAUGCGGUUUAAGAAAAGAAAGUCACGGUUCACAUUCCAGGAGGUUGAGCUGCUCCUCAAUGAAGUGCAGAAAAAACGGCACAUUCUAGUUGGGAAGUUCAACAGGGGCAUUUCGAAGGAACUCAAACAUCGUAUGUGGGCUGCUCUGACGGCACGUAUCAAUGAGGUCAGCGAGUGUCACAGAGAGGUCAUCGAAGUCAUAAAGAAAUGGGCCGACCUCAAGUGCGAUACCAAGCGGAGAGUGGCAGCCAUGAGGGCAGCGGGAGCCACGCCUGCCCAAAUUGCCCAAGAGUUGUCGCCUGUGGAAACUAUGGUGCACCAGAUCCUUCAGAUGACAAACUCGAACAAAAACACGAUGGCUUUGACUUUUGAUGACCAAGUGGAUGAUGACAAUGAGGAUAGUCUGGAUAUGUCUGAGAUACCACAUAGCUCCUUAGGCAUGGCAAACGGCAUGCCUCAUUCAUUUUGGUCAGCGAUGCCACCUCCUAUCCACAGUAGGAUCCCGGGCAAAAGAGAUUUGGGGCCACCCACGGAUAUGAUGUAUAGCUACGAUUCAGCAGUGCCUCUUACAGACCUCCAGGCUGACACGUCAGAAAAUGAAGACAGUAUGAUGUCAUUUAUUGAACCAACAAGCCAAAAACUUCAGAAUACUGUUAAUGUCCCUCAAUUUCUUAGCCCUCCCAGUGCUGAGAGGAGCAAUAUGCAAGAGAAACCCAAUCACAACACAUUUAAUGGCCGUCCAGCAGCUGGUAUCGCAACAUUUACUCCGCCCUCCAGGGCCUCAUCAUCGGGUUCUGUUCCAGCUCCGCCUUCUUCCAGACCUGCUCCCGUGGAUCCACAUAGCAUGCGGGAGCAUUUAGCCCAGAGUGCCUCACAGAGCCUGCAGGAGCAGCAGGCCACCACACUGCUGAUAGGGUCUCUUUCUCGCUCGCUUGAGACACUUGCAGAGUCAGUGCAGCAGAUGGUUCACACCCAGAAGCAGUUUUCACGUGACACCUUACAGCUGCAGCGCGACACGCUCCAUGUCCUGCGUGACUUCUCCUCCAGCACCUUGACUCUCCUACAAGACAAGAUCAACGGCCAUCAUAACCUGUGACCAUCUCACUGAUUUUUUUGGCCAUACUACUGGGAGAAAGUUUUAGAUGUUGUGAAUACAGAUAUCACAGAAUAUAAGUGACACUAGAGUUUAUUGCAGUCUUACGUUGAACCUUUGAAUAUAUGAUAUUCAUAAAGCUAAUAGGAUGAGACUGAGAAGAGAUUUAUCUAUUUAUAAUGAUUAUAACCAAAAUCAAAUACAAUAUGAGUUUAAAUAAAGACAAGCCCUAGGUGCUUCAGGUUUUUUGUGGAAUUCCUAAUAGAUACCUGCUAAAUGUUUUAGGUUGAUGACUGGACCACAAAGAUUGUUGACUGUUGUGGACCAAUUGUGCUAUUAUAUCUUUAUUUUAAAUAGGCAAACUGUAUUUAAAAAUUGACAGAUAAUUAUGUUUGUGGUGCUGUUUAUGAUUUAGCAUUUUGUCGGUUCUCCACAUUUAAUUUUAACAGCAAAUUCUGGCUAAAGAGUUGCUUAACAGACCUGCUGUAAAUGUUUAGAUCUACAUCUAUUCAUUUCUUUGUAGUUUUAUAACUUGAAUUUUCAGUGACUCAUUGUAGUGUUUUACUUUGCCUCCUGGUGGUUUACACCAGAGGUUCUGGAUUUUUUUCAUUGCAAAACACAAUUUGACAAGCAUAAUCUGUCCUAAAACCCACCUGUUUUCAACCUUCCAGAAAUGAAAAGUCAACACACUGUUAAGGUAAUGUUUCCUAGAUUACAACGAUGUGUGAAAAUGAAAAAUAAACUAAUAUAAUUUGAAAAAUUGCUUUGAAGCUAUCAGUGUGUCUGUGCAAUCGCUUGCUUGGACAUUAUCCACUAGAUGUC